CGGCUGUUCGGCGGAAAGAGGUAGUUCGCCAUGAUGGGCAUAAUGAAAUCAAUUUUAAUCUUCAGAGCAUCAAAAAAAAGCUGGGAGUGCAGAACAAUUGGUCGAGCAUUUCUAUAUGGGUGAGUGAUCAUUAACUAUCGGUGCUAUCAGUGCUUCAAUGCGCGUGCAUUAUUUCAAACCGCAAACGUCACAGGGUCCAGACGCUUCACGAUCGAAACCUGGAAUUGCGAUGGCGUAUAUUUGCAUAGAUUCCAAGAAGAAUUCGAUCCCGUGCCGAACAGCUCUGGGGAUCUCUCCAAAGGUUUUGAUCACCAACUCCAAUGGCGAUGCUCACGAUCUGCGGCACUGUGUCCGAGUCGACACGAAUGUGAUAUCUGUUCAAUGCGCCACGCUCAUGCUGACUGACGCAUUUGCCCCGUCGUGGACCAUGGAUGUCCAAGAGGGUGUUCGCUUCUCGUUGUUCCGGCUACUUGUUAUUAUAGUUCGAAUAUGUGCCGCAUCGUCCCACAUCAUACACGUGAUGAUUAUAUAAAGUUAUAUGCUCCCCGAGUGUAUUCCAAAUAGCCGGAGGGCAUGUCCAAAGCCAGUAGUCACAAGAAAACAUGGUAACACGAGCCAUGCCGUCGCUUGAGCGGCGAUAACGAGACUCUCCCAGUUCUACGAAGCAUCAUAAGAUGUCAGCAAACAGCACGAGGAGGCGAGGAGAAAGAUGAGAGUGUCCCAAUCUGAUACAAC